CGCCGCUACGUCACCAGGGCCAAGCGAAGACUGGCGGCGCGGCAUCGCUCCUGAUUUAGCUAACACUGGCUUCGAACCACCGCGACGCCGACUGUAUCGUAUGGGUCUUGACCGUGAAUGUGUCUCCAUGGAGUCCGGGAAGGCCAGACGGUGAUGGUCUAAGGGAGUGUCUCGGGCACAGAGGUGCUUGCUCCUGGGGAUGUUGCGCUGGACGGUGCACCUGGAAGGAGGGCCGCGGAGAGUCAACCAUGCCGCCGUGGCGGUCGGCCACAAGGUGUACUCCUUCGGGGGCUACUGCUCCGGAGAAGACUACGAGACGCUCAGGCAGAUCGACGUACACGUGUUCAACUCUGUGUCUCUGCGCUGGAUGAAGCUGCCCCCAGUGAGGACUGCAGGGAGAGAGCACACGCGUGAAGGACCCUACAUGCGCUACGGUCACACAGCUGUGCUGCUGGAAGACACCAUCUACAUCUGGGGGGGGCGGAACGACACGGAGGGCGCCUGCAAUGUGCUCUAUGCGUUCGACGUCAACACCCACAGAUGGUUCACACCCAAGAUCUCAGGGACCAUUCCUGGGGCCAGGGACGGCCACUCUGCCUGCAUCCUGGGGAAGGCCAUGUAUAUAUUUGGAGGAUACGAGCAGCUGGCGGACUGCUUCUCCAAUGACAUCCACAAGCUGGACACCACCUCCAUGGUUUGGACCUUAAUCAACGCCAGAGGCGCUCCAGCACGCUGGAGAGACUUCCACUCGGCCACCAUCAUCGGAACAAAGAUGUUUGUAUUUGGGGGGCGAGCAGACCGCUUUGGCCCCUUCCACUCCAACAACGAGAUCUACUGCAACAAGAUCAAAGUGUUUGACACCGAGACCAACUGCUGGCUGAGCAGCCCCUCUGCCCAGCCGCUGCCUGAAGGACGCAGGAGUCAUUCAGCGUUUUCCUACAACGGUGAGCUGUUCAUAUUCGGGGGCUACAACGCGCGUCUGGACCGGCACUUCAGCGACCUCUGGAAGUUCAACCCAGAGGGCUCCUCCUGGAAGAAGGUGGAGCCCAGGGGGAAAGGCCCGUGUCCGCGCAGGAGACAGUGCUGCUGCAUGGUGGGAGAUCGCAUCGUGCUCUUCGGAGGAACCAGCCCCUGUCCGGAGCAAGGGAUGGGUGAUGAAUUUAACCUCAUGGAUCACUCAGACCUGUACAUCCUGGACUUCAGCCCUAAUCUGAAGACAUUAUGCAAGAUGGCAGUAAUUCACUACAGUCUGGAGCAGUCGGGGCUCCCACAUGACAUCAGAUGGGAGCUGGCUGCCAUGACAACCAACAGCAACAUCAGCAGGCCAAUCUUCUCCUCUCAUGGCUGAGAGCAGCCAUCACGGAGCAGACCCCAGACUGCCUUCUGCCCUCCGGGACCCGGGGGACACCUUAACAAUCAACCGGGGCUCUAGCGGAGGACUUCUGUCCUCGUUAUUACUCAAGAACUUUGGUUCGAGACUGGAGUUAUUUUCCACAUUGGAUUUUCGUCUCUGCAAACUAUUGUUUUCUUCUUGUUUACUUUUUCUACACAAACAAACAAGACGAGCUCAAGGAUGAAAAAAAGAAAACGAAUAAAAGAAUCCUUGUUUUGGAAGAAUUAGAAACACAUCUGCUAAAAAAAAUGAUUUUUCUAAGGGUUGCUCACUCAAGGGUACUUUUGAGAACCCGGUUCGAACCACCUCCUCCCCCAUCUCCUCCGGUCUCUGUAGAGAUCCAAUCAAGCCUAUGAUAAUCCUGGACUCCUCCACAAGCACAUGAAGAAGAAAGUCCACCCUAAAGGUCUUCUGUACUAACCUCUCAUCUCUGCAGAGAGGGGGGGGGGGGGGAUGUUCAAAAUGCCACCGUGACGUUCUUUCGAUUUUUUUUCUUUUCAUAGGAGGAACAAAUCCGAGGCAGAUGCCUCACUCAUUAACUGAAUGUCAAAAGGUGGAUUUGGAGUCCAUCGUUCCGAUCUCACUGUCUUACAUUGUUCACUUGAAACACCUUAAAGGAAUCGCGUCUAACCCAGGCAGCGUACCAUCUGACUGAAUAUGUAACGCACCGGCCUGGAAAAUCAGCCUCCGUGAUAAAAUUCAGAAACUAAAUUGCACCGCGGUAAGGCAGUAGGAGAGAUGUUAGAACCGUCCACUGGGCUUCCUUCCUUCCUUCUUGUUUCUAGCAAAGACCGAUCUCAAACUGCCAGGCUUGUGCAUGGCAAGGGUAUACUUUCACGAGAUGGGCUGCUUUGUAAUCAAUCAAACCCGUCUACCUCCCUUGGCGGCACGCAGAAAACAGAAUCAUUUGUUGUGCUUGAGAGCGUUCAGCCGUGGUCUAUUCCAAGUAUUCUUUCGGGGCCUCCAGGUGAUGCCAGUUUAACGGCCCAAUGGGGUACACCCUUACUCCAACAUCUUUGUUUUCUUGUGCCAAACGAGAGAGGGGGGGGGAGAGAGAGAGAGAGAGGGAGGGAGCGUGUGUGUGUGCAACUAUAUACAGUCAGUGAAUGCCGACUCGCACUAUCGCAAUAUCUCCACAUGCUCAUGCCAAGCCAAGAUCAGGGACGUCCACUUGUGUUGUUGAUUUUGCGUCCUUUUCUCUGUGUUUUCGCUGCCAAUGCUUGCUGGUACCAGCCCCUCCUGGUCCAGUUAGCCUGUUGUGUCCCUACACGUGCAGAUCAUCCUACAUAACGUAGUAUCCUCCCCACUACUAAAGACAAUCCUAGUGAGUCGAACCAUAGCCCUAGUGAGUCGAACCAAACCCCUCGUGACCCGCAGCGCGACCCAAACCAGAACACGGUUCAGCUCUUUCAUGUAAAGCCUGGAGAGGUACACAGGCUUUUAUUCAGGUUUUCAUACUCGUUCAGGUUAGUUUUCUUGUUAAUUGAGCCAUUGAGAAGAUCCUUCUCAUCUUGCCUGUUAUUUAAUUACACCUUUUGUGUUCCAAGAAGUCUGAUUGUUAGAAACGAUAGCCAAUGUCACUGCAAAGUAUGACGUCCAGCCCGGAUCGAAAAGCAAUUCAAGUAACUAAUCGGGCGAAUGAGUACCGCCAUAACGUUGUGCUUGUGUCCGUGUGCGUCUGUCUGCGUUAACCAUUCUGUCUCUCCCAAGCAAUGCCACUGUCGUGUGAUCUAAACGGUCGUGGACGGUCACCAAUAGACGCAGGCUUGGUCGGCCCCCGCGUGGGAAAGGAUUACAAAUGCUGCUGGUUAUUUUUUGCCAACGAAGAUACCGGGGCGCAAGUGCUGGAUGGAAUGGAGCAAUGUCGAGACGAUCGAGGAACGUUUUUUUUUGUUAUUUACAGACCAGCAGUGCCAAUGUGACUCAGAGGGUCUCGAUCCCCACAGUCCUGCGUCACAGGGACCCGUCGCGUGUGACGUGCACCGUGCAGCUACGUGGAUGCCUGUCAGACGUUGAUUCUUCUCGUGGACAAACCCAAGUCUCACCGUUGAUGUGACACUGAAUGACGAUGGGCAUAACAGAACAAAAAUAUUCUAUUAGAGGACUGUUCUUGUCAUAUUUGGUGCAGACGGUCUGAAUGUGUUUAAGGGGUUGUGGUUGUUGGUUACAGGCAGAUACACAUCACAAAUGUUAACGGCAAUUAGGAUUUAAGUGCUCUAGGUAAUCCCUUGAUCCUCUGAUAGGUUGUGGAGAUUUCAGAUCAAUAGAUUUCAGAUCAAUGGGCUUAAUUAACAUUAACUAGCCUAAUUUACUCACCUAUUGCAAUGUCAGUGAAUGGUCAAAGCAGGCUGGAGUCUGAUGUUUUUACAACCACCUGGGGACCACUCAUGCUUUGCCAGUUGGCCCAGUAUAUUGCCUGGGCCUCGCAUCACCUAAAUAAAUUAAAUAUUGCUAAAUGUGCUCAUGGCAAAUUGUUUUUUACAAGGAAUUGCUUUCCAGGCGAGAUUCCUUUCAUCAAGACAGAUCACAUGCCACGGUGUGCUCACUCAUACAGGACUGUCCCUUAACACUGGUUCACUGGGGAGAUGGCAUGGCGUUCCUUGGUUUGAAGCCUACUAAUUAGGACGCGUACAAGCCAACAACGCAAACCACAGGAUUGUUAAAAGAAUCGCAUCAAAAAAAAGUAUUGAGAAUAUUGGCAAUCAGGUGCGGUCGUUACAGUCCUGCAAGCUUUCUUUUUACACUAACGAAGGAAUUCUGCCAAGGUAAAACCCUGUGCAAUAUGCUGUAAAGUAAUAUAAAUAAUAAAGCUCAACUCUGAUUUGCUUA